AUGACGGUUGUUGAUUACUCUCUCGAUACCAUUCUACCUCCAGAAGAGAUUCAAACUGCUUUCAUCAUGGUGGACAAGUCCCCCCUGAAACCCAAGCGGCAAAUCAGCGGCUUGGACAUUGCCAAUGCUAAACCAAUUUCGCUCAAGAGUCUUGAUACUAGUAAGAGUUCAGCGGGUAGCAAAAAGAAAAAGAAGAAGAAAAAGUCUCUUGAUCCUCUUGCGAUAAGCAACCACUCCACAAAUUCGAGCAGGAAAAGCAAAAAGUCCAAGAAAUCCAAAAAUAAAAGAAAGAAGGAUGCAUUGUCACAAUCCGCGCAUACGAUUUCCAAAUCGACAAAGGACGAUAGUCUUAUUGGCAGUGAUAUCCUACUUGGCGUUGACAGCAACAAUAGCAGUAGCCAUCAGUUGCAAGUUACUACGACUACGAAUCGGCGACCCAUGCCAUCAAGGCGGAAUUUGCUGAAACGAAAUCACAGUGUUCCCACCAUGGCUAGUGAUGAUGAUGAUUUUGACUCGGAUGGAGAUUCGACCAUGGAAGGGAGCUGGAAAGGCCAGCAGCAGGAACCUCGUGGUCGUAGCCGCAGUGCCAAAUCCAAAGGCGCAUCUGAAAUUGAAGCCUUUUUGGAUCAAAUCAUUAAUGAUUCGAGAGUGCCCAAAGGUCCCAUUGAGUCGAUUCGAUCAAGAGCCCGUGGCCGAUCACGAAAUGCGACGCGGGUCAAAAAUGACGACGACAACGACAACGAUGAGGACGAAUACAUAUUAUUGAAUGACGAACCAACGAGUGAGAACAAAGACGGGACGACUCCAGGAGGACAACGACGCGACUCGUCCGGUGAAAAAAUAAGGCCCAAAUCAUUAAUGGCUCUCCUGGAUGAAUCUUCUCGAUCGUCCAUGACAGCAGGACAACGACGCAGUAGUACCAGCAGUGGACGCUUCAGUGCCAGCAGUGGACGAGCCAAAUCCUUCGCUUCUGAAUCCACAUCAUCUUCUGCACAGUCUUUGAGUGAUGGCCAUGUCGUAUCUUUGUCGAUUCAAGGCGAAGAAAAGAUAUUUACACUCAGUGAAAGUGAUAUUGAUGUCAUUGAAGCCUUUUUGGAAACCAAAUCCAAGGAAGCAGCAGCAGCAGCAGCAAAAACGGCACUUUCUUCUCUUCCUCAAACGAGAACACCGAAACGACGAAGUACUUCGGCAUCACGAGCGGCCAAACGGGCGGAACUCUUUGAUGACCUAUUAUUGACAUCGGGCCGGUCUGGUGUCUUGGCUGACAUGUCUUCUGCUGGUGGAAAGGGCAGCAACAAUAAGGAUGAUUUGAUGCAAUCUAUGCGGGAUGAAUUAUUGUUUUCGGAACGAAUGCAGCGCAGUCAUUCGGAUGCAUCAAAGCUGCCAGAGGCCAAGCAGAGCAAGACUCUGUCCAAUCUACAAAGAUUUAAUCAGAUUCAACGCAUACCUGGAGGUGGUCAACGAAUGUCCGUUCCUACUACAGUGACACCAUCGCAGAAGCCAAGGUCGGUAUCACUAGAACGAAAAUCGAAGCACUGGCAAGAUUUCCCCGAUAGCCGAUUGGCAGAUUUGGAAUUGGACACAAUUGAAGAUGAGGGUAGCUAUUGCCUGAGUAAAUCUACCACCAGACGGUGGUCCUUGUCGGAUAGCAUGUCGGUGUCUCUUCGGCUUUCCUUGGACGGCAGCCAUCGGUUUCAGCAACUCCAGCAACUUCCAGUCGAGAAACGGUCUGGCAGUAAGGAUUGGGGUGAAAAGAGGCCUCUUCAUGCGGUGAAGAGCCCGAGAAAAGGGCGUAAACCUGCAGCCGCAGCACCCAAAGAAUGUGACGUGACCAAAAUAGGAGGUCCAGAUGUUGUCGAGGUUCCAGAUGGAGAAAAGAGACGAUCUCGGUCGGGAGGAAGGAGACCAAGGCGCUCUAGAAAGGAUACUUCGAAAUCUGACGAUGAAGGUCACGACGACAUUGAAAAUAGUCCAGGAGAUGUUCCACGGAGUGUGGAGCGCUUGCCCUUCUUUAUGCGGGAAAAAUUGCAAUCAGAUGACGAAGCUUCGCAACUUGAGGUUUCGUGCAAGGGUCAAACCCUCGAGCAGCUGGUAGCCAUGUCACCGCAAAGGUACAAAAAUGACGUUCAUGAGCCAUUUGAUGGGGACAAUGGCGUAACAACUCCAAGAAAAAAGCGACAUAGCAAAAAGUCGCCACUACGAAACUCCACACCCAACGGUGCUCAGAUAUACAAGCUUGACUUGGGUGAAGCACGUUGGACUACAACGCCAACGUCGCAUCUGAAAGGAAAACGCUCUACAGUGGACCCACUGGAUUUGCAGCUUCCAUUUGGUUCACCCAGCGGUAUUUUGAAGACAAACAAGUUGGGAUUGGUUGAACCAUCCACCUUGCCAUCCAGCUUUCGGAAGAGAAAUAUUCCGAAAAAGAAGAAACGAAUUGAUGAGGGCGAUAUCCUGGAAUUCGACGAGGACAAUGCAACCGUCGUCUCCGACAUUACUGAGGCUGUACUUGACUCUUCCCUUCGAUCGACUCUGAGUGCUUCUGUACGAUCGAAUCCUGGUAGUCCCGAUGAUCCUGAAGAGCCGCUCAGAGGCAAGUGGGAACCAAAAAUCGAGAAGAUCAAGGAGACUAGCGGUAGUCAGUCGGAUCUGUUUUCAUCAAAAGGAGACCUUGGCGCAGUCAGCCCGCCUUCUCCAUGCAAGGAUCUUGGUCCGGGGUUAUCACCUCAGUCCCCGGCAACACCGGGAGGGACUGCACGGUUUUCAUGGAUGAAGAAGCUUCCUUUUUCGAAAAAGAAGUAA